AUGUGUUUAAACAAUACUUGUGAAAGGUGAGGUUAACUUAUUAUUUUAAUCGGUUAGCGGCGUUUUCACAGGUGCUAAGCCUUAGUUUUUGGUGUUAUAUUUUAUAGUUUUGAAUUGUGUGAUGAAGGUGAGUUCAACCCAUUCAACCCUCAAUUAUGCACAUCAAUGCCCACGAGAGCAAGAACAGCAUUGUUUAAUAAUUCCCCUCAUUGCUGUACAGAAAUUCCAGGUAAACAGUGCCAGUGGACAGUGGUCAAAGACAUGGCAUAAUUUUAAUUCAUUUCACUGCAACAAACAUCAGUUGUAUGUGAUAAAGAAUUAAUCUAGUCUCCAUUGCUUGGAAUACUGUGGCUCAUUCAUGCUGUGAGAAGCGUCAUACCACUUGUAUGUACAUGGCAAAAUCAUAUAACAUCUAAAUGAGUUUUACCUUGAUGAUCCAGUUUGACUAACUCACUGGCAUUCAUUGCGGGUGAGGAUUUGGGUUAAUGUUAGGGUGAUAUCCAAACCAGGUUGACAUCACCUGCAACAAAUGCCUGUGAGUUAGUCAAAUUGCCUGUGAGUUAGUCAGUCAAAUUGCCUGUGAGUGAGUUAAAUCAAACCAUUGGUAAUCAUGGUAAAUUACAAAUUAAUAACAGGAAAUUAGUGAUUAUACAGUAUGUCAGGGCAUUUGUGGACCCCCCCCCCCCCCCCCUCUUUCGACCCACAUACUUCCAUGAGCUUUCAGGGACUGUUAAUCAUUAAUUCUCCUCAUGUCAUGGUAUUGCUUGAUUUGCUUCUUAAAUGUACUACUUGUCAUCCCUUUAGCCCAAACAACACCUGAUAAAACAGUAACAACUGAAGAAAUCCAUGAAAACAUAAACAUAUCAAGACAACGUGAUGUUCAAUCUUCUUCUGAACAAGUUUUUCUAGACACAGUUGUCAAGGAAAAUAGCCUUUCAGAGUCAGGAUACUUAUUGCUAGACUCUGACAGUGAGACUGCCUCUGAUAGCGACAAUGAUGUUUUCUAUACCAGUAGCAGUAGCAGUGAAUAUGAAGAAGACCCAAACCCUGUCAUGGAUCA